UGUCAACAACCAAACCGUGGUCGCUUCGAAUCUUACAAUAGGUACACUGAUACCGCAGUAUGUACUGAUGGGUGGAGCUGAUAUCUUCAUAUAUAUCGCAAGUCUGGAAUUUGCUUUCAGGCAGUCCCCAAGAACCAUGCAAGCUAUGGUGACAGGAAUCUUCUUGUUUUAUGCAACCAUCGGCCAAAUUUUGGGCAUACUCCUCGUACCACUUAUAAACAUGGUCACGGCAGCUGACCCAUGGUAUCCACCCGAGAUCAACGAUGGACAUCUCAAUUACUAUUUCCUCGUCUUGACCGGCAUGAGCCUGGCCAAUCUCAUCAUCUUCUGUCUCAUAGAGAAAGGUUACGAAGGAGCGGGUAAAUAUUUAUGCAAUGAAGAUACGGUUGACGGGGCGACGGGCCAUACUACGACAACGACGACGACGUCAAACAUCACGACCACCACUGCACCAACAGGGCUUCCUCAAUCUGCGACAGGGACGCCCUCUACGGCUGACUGAUGAUGAAGAUUAAAAAUACUGUAAUUUUUCCAAGAUAUUGUUGUACAUGCUAUCGAUUAUUGGCAUAAUUCUUUAUCCCGCGUUUCCUCUUGACUCUAUUAAAAUCCUUUUCUCUCCCCUAUAUUCUAUUCCUCUCUCGAUUUGCGUUUAAGACACUUAUCGAGUUGGUUUCUCUCCUUGCGAGUGUUUUAAUUGUAUGUACAUUUAAGAACAAAGUAGGUUUAAUUUUCAUAUGACUUCUAAUCAGCAAAAGAGGAUAGUUUUAUGCUGUAAAUUUGAGUCUUCAUUAAUGUGCUUGAAUAAGUAAUAAACAUUGAAGGAAAAUGAUUUAACAAAAUAUUCUCGUAUUAUGAAUAGCGACCCUCCUUAUAUCGUGUUAUGAAUGGCGACCCUAUUAUCGUAUUAUGAAUAGCGACUCUCUUCUUGUGUUUUGAAUAGCGACCCUCUUCUCCUUUCAUGCAUAGUGACCCUCCUUUAAGAAUAACGACCCUCUUCUUGUUUUAUAAAUAGAGACCCUUCUUUCGUAAUAUGUGUAGUGACCCCCAAUGUAAAUGAAUAGCGACCCCAAUUUCGUAUUAUGAAUAGCGGUCCUUAUGAGUAAUGA